UUGAGUCAAUAUUCCACUCAAACAGUCGACCGGUUCUUGGCUAGGACAUCAAGAACCCUAGCUCUCUCGCUCUCUCUCUCUCUCUCUCUCCGUGCUUCUGCUUCUGCAGGGACCGAGAGCCAUUCUGCCAUGCCGACGGUUAGCGUGGGACGGGACCUUCUCUUCGAAGCUCUCGGGAGGAGCUAUACACAGGAAGAGUUCGAGUCGCUAUGCUUCGACUUUGGUAUCGAGCUCGACGAUGUCACGACGGAAAAGGCCAUAAUCAGGAAAGAAAAGCACUUGGAAGAAGAAACAUCAGAGGAUGAGGAGGUUAUUUACAAGAUCGAGGUUUCUGCCAAUAGGUAUGAUCUUCUCUGCAUUGAAGGUCUUGCACAAGCACUGCGUAUCUUCAUCGGUGUUGAUAAAAUACCUACUUAUAAAGUGGUUGACAUGCCAAAAGAUUCCGUGCUUAAAAUGCAUGUUAAGCCAGAGACCUCUUGUGUCCGCCCUUUCAUCGUAUGUGCUGUUCUGAGAGGAGUUACCUUUAAUGAGGCAAGAUAUAACAGUUUCAUUGAUCUUCAAGACAGGUUGCAUCAGAACAUCUGUAGGAAGAGGACACUCGUUGCAAUUGGAACACAUGACCUGGAUACAUUAAAGGGGCCCUUCACGUAUGAGGCUUUGCCACCUUCAGAUAUAAAUUUUGUUCCCUUGAAACAGGUGAAAAGCUUCAGAGCAGAUGAACUGAUGGAGUUCUAUAAAGGAGAUUUGAAGUUAAAGAAAUUUUUGCAUAUAAUCGAAAACUCUCCAGUAUAUCCAGUCAUUUAUGACUCAAAUCGGACUGUCUUAUCAUUGCCUCCUAUCAUUAAUGGAGCACACUCUGCAAUCAGAUUAGAAACGAGAAAUGUGUUGAUUGAGUGUACAGCAACAGACUUAACAAAGGCUAAGAUCGUCUUGAAUACUAUGGUGACCAUGUUUUCAGUGUACUGUGAAAGAAAAUUUGAGGUUGAGCCAGUUGAGGUGAUAUAUCCUGACAAUAAGAUCCACAUAUAUCCUGAUUUGUCCUUUUCGAAGUUCGAUGUACCUCUUUCUUAUAUCACCAACUCCAUUGGCGCUAAACUGGAACCUUCUGAGGUGAUACAUCUUUUGAAUAGAAUGCAAUUGCAUGGCCGGUUGUCAGAAUCAAGUGAUGGUGUUCACCACAUUCAUUUGUCUGUGCCUCCGACUAGAAGUGAUAUACUGCAUGCUUGUGAUGUGAUGGAGGAUGUUGCAAUUGCAUACGGUUAUAACAAAAUCCCCAAGACAAAGCCAGAGACAUUCACACAAGGACGCCAACAGCCGCUCAACCAAAUCACAGAUCUCAUAAGACUGGAGGUAGCAAUGGCUGGAUUUUCUGAAGUCCUAACAUGGAUUCUCUGUUCAUAUAAAGAGAACUUCUCAAUGCUGAACCGUAAGGAUGACUCAAAAACUGCAGUAAUUAUUGGGAAUCCUCGUUCAUCAGACUUUGAGGUUGCACGAACAAGCAUGAUGCCUGGUCUGUUGAAAACAGUAGGGCACAAUAAAGAUCAUCCGAGACCCAUUAAGAUUUUUGAAGUUGGUGAUGUUGUGCUUCUUAAUGGUGAAAGUGAUGUGGGUGCAGUUAAUCGUCGCCAUCUUGCUGCACUAUAUUGCAAUGCUAAUUCUGGCUUUGAGGUUAUUCAUGGCCUUGUGGAUAGGAUCAUGGACAUUGUUGGAGUGCCUAUUGUUGCAGCUGGAGAUGAGACCGGUUAUUAUAUAAGGCCAUCUUCUGAACCAGAAUUUUUCCCAGGCAGGCAAGCGAGUAUCAUUUUCAAAGGGAAGCAAAUUGGUGCAUUUGGCAUUGUGCAUCCCGAGGUUUUAACCAAAUUUGAUAUCCCAGACCCUUGCUCAUUUGUGGAAAUCAGCCUUGAGCCAUUUUCAUGGACUUAAAUGGAUGGGAGACACAGUAUAGCUGUCUUGCCAGGCCUGUUGUUCGAUUUUUUGGUUGGUGAUACAAUUUUUUUCAGUGUUUCUCAUCGAUCUACAUCAUCCGCUGUACUGGGGUUGGCACAUGAUUUGCCUUUUCCAGAUUCUUAUGCUUGUUUAUGUCACAGUUACAGGUCAAUCUACCUUAAGAGGUUAGCGAGAUUGAUAACUUAAUUCAAGAAAAUUUGACGAUUUUGGAUGGUGUCAAGGGACAGCCCAUAUACCUUUUUGGUGCCUGUGUUGCAUUCAUUGAUUGUAGUAUUUGGACAGAAACAAGAACCAAUCAUAAAUACAGCUCAUUUUUGUGACCUAAAUUGUAAGACCAUGAAAUUUUGUAAUCUAUUUUUUUUUUAUUCGUAGGUUGGAAUAAGUUUGAAAAUUUCUCAAGAUAGCUUUCUUUUGUAUAACGCUAUCUUGUUGUAGUCACUAUGCAUACGGUUAGCAGUCUCUAAAUGACCAAAAGGAAACUAUUUUCAAAGUGAAGAAACAAGGUUGCAUGUUUUGUCUUCACUGUAACAUAUACGGCAGUGUCUGCAUGACAGACAUUAGCUAGAGAAAUAUUUGCUCUUACGUUUGUACUUCUAGACUGGUCUGGUAUAUGAUGCUACUGGAUUGUUCAUGCUUGGAA